AUGUCUCGCGAGCUAGACAGCCCCGUCCAGACUCAAAUGGCUGUGGCUUUUUUUAAGAGCUCUCUUAGCAGGGAGUACGGCGGGACAAACAGAAAUGAGAGGAAGCAACCUACUGGGAGGAGACGGGUUUUCGUACAGACUGAAACGGGCUGUGUGUUGGGUAUGGAGCUGGAUCGCGACGAUAAUGCCCACACUGUGAAAAGGCGGUUGCAGAUAGCUCUUAAUUUCCCUGGAGAACAAUGCUCCUUGACUUUUGGGGACAAGUUACUGAAAAAUGAUCUCAGUGCUGUCCUAAACGAUUCCCCACUUCUCCUUACACGGAAUUUUCUUUGUAGGAGCUCAUCGGCACCUUGUCUUUCACCAACCGGGAGGGAUAUCCAGGAAAGAGAUGAGAGUGCUCCGAUAGAAAUACUUUACCGGUCAAAUCGAUUUGAUAGAAUCAAGCAAUUGGUAAAGGACGUUGUCAAGGCGAUUGACAUGGGGAUUGAUCCAAUUCCUGUUCACAGUGGUCUUGGAGGUGCAUACUACUUCCGAAAUAGUAGAGGUGAUUUUGUUGCUAUUAUAAAGCUGACUGAUGAAGAACCAUUUGUCCCCAAUAAUCCUAAAGGCUUUGUUGGCAAAGCUCUAGGACAACCGGGUGUGAAAAGAUCCGCGCGGGUCGGAGAAUCAGGGUAUAAAGAGGUUGCAGCUUAUCUUUUGGACUCUGAACAUUUUGCUAAUGUUCCUCCAACUGCUCUGGUGAAGAUCACUCACUAUGUCUUCAAUAUUAAUGAUGGAGUGAAUCCUAACAAGCCAAAUGAAAAGAAAGUGGUUAGCAAGAUAGCAUCUUUUCAGCAGUUCAUACCUCAUGAUUUUGAUGCCAGCGAUCAUGGGACCUUAAGCUUUCCUGUUUCUGCGGUGCAUCGAAUUGGAAUAUUAGACAUUAGAAUUUUUAACACGGACAGGCAUGCGGGGAACCUUUUAGUAAGGAAACUCGACAGCAUGGGAAGGUUUGGUCAAGUGGAACUGAUUCCUAUUGAUCAUGGCCUUUGCUUGCCAGAAACUUUGGAGGACCCAUACUUCGAGUGGAUUCAAUGGCCCCAAGCUUCAAUUCCUUUUAAAUAUAGAGUUGGUGAUUUUUGCCAAUACCUUGAUAUAUCAAUCUACGUCCUGUACACCAGUCUAAAUCUUGGUGAUGCUACUAUUCAUGUUUCACUCUAA